GUGGAUCGUCUCUUCUCCGCCGCAACUUAUACACUAGGGAGCCCGGCCACCCCUGCGGAUGAUGUCGGAAUCAGCUCUAUCGAUGUUAGACGACCCCUCCGAUGCCCUUUCACUUGUCAAUUCUAUGUCAGAGGUUCUGAAUCCUUAUCCACUCAUACUAAAAACGGUUACGACUCAAAGAGAAAAACUCGCAAACCCCAGUCUGCCUCAAGUCGCGCUUGCCUUAGGAGUUGCCCAUCUUAUUCUUCUACUCCUCGCUGGGUUCACAUUCUUCUUGAAAGCUUCACGAAAACAAGAUGGUGAACGUCGUAAAAUUUGGCUCUGGCGAAGGCAUUACGUGGCAAACCAAACGAUCCCUUAUCUCGUCCCCAACGGGAAUUUUUCGAUCGAGCUUUUGCAAAUGUUCAGCUGUUCUUUCUAUAUUAUUUUUUCAGCUACUACUUACAUCAUAUGCAAGUACCCUCAACAUCCCCCUAAAAUUAUUCAUGCCAGUACAAUAUUUUGGUACGCAAUAUCCAUCGUACCCGAUGCUGCUGCUUUCUGGUGGGGCGGAUGGGCGGCAAUCUAUCUUGUUUACUUCUCCCCGACUCGAUCGGACAUUGAACACUCAAACCGCAGGAGGUCUUUUAUCCAUCACCCACUGUUUAUGAAUACUAUCUGCAUAGGGGUACCCGUGGUGGUUGCAAUUUUUUUUUUGGUCAUUGGGAUUACGAUGGCUGUCGAGCUCAGGAAAAUAAUCGAUUCCUACAAUCUCCUGUCGAAAACCCUCGACCAAUUAUCGGCUCUGUGGAAACCUGAUGACCCUCUAAACCACGAAAAAAAUGAAAUGCUGUUCAACAUUGUUAAAUCGCUCUUAGGUCGAUCCUUGCGAAUUUCCAGCUUAGCCCGCAGGGACAACUAUGGUUGGACUGCCGUCUCGAUCUCGACGAUUUCGUUUUAUUUAGCUUCGACCAUUGCUGCCGGGCAAUUAUUAAAGCGCACGUUAUUGAUUGCCACCGGGAAGAAACCGCUGUGGGAGAAGCAAUGUGCUUUUCAUACCAAACGGGGUGGAUAUCUGAAUCAGAGCAUCUCGACUGUUACUUCUAAAGCCGAAUCAGAAGUAACCAAGCCCAUGUUUGUGAUAUGCAAUUCUACACAGAGGCUACAAAGGGGUUAUCAUUUUAUUUACAUCAGUUGUGUGAUCAUGCUCGCGGUUCUGGGUUUGAAUAUCUGCAUCAGUGUCAUUCUUGCAUUGAAGACCAAAGUAGUCUUGAUCCAGACAUAUUGGCAAAUUCGUCUCCUAGUGAUGAUAAGCAGUACAAGUGUCCUACUUUCGUUCACGUUGUUUCUCCAAAGCCUCAUGCUUUUAGUUUGGGGUUAGCAUCACCCACCUUAUCGUACCACGCAGGUUCUAGGAGGAAUUACUCAAAGCCUGAAGUCAAACAUUACCUUUGUACAAAUUGCAUUCAAGAUUAAAAGGUGAUGUAUGGCUCGUCAGGGCUCGCCCAGGCGGUGCGAGACUCGUAUCUCCAAAUGCUGUCUUUUCAAUGUAUUCCUUGUCGGACGGUUGUUUAUUAAACCCGAAAAUUGUAAAUUAAAAGUGAUGCCAAGCGGGUGGAAGAUGAGGACCCAGGAAGCCCCCUAUAGAAGUGCCGAACCAAAAAUCUAAGAUUUUGCCAAAAUUCCUACAUUUCCAAAAGCCA